CAACAUUCUGGAAAACUGUUGAGUCGCGAUCUUUUGGAAUUAUCAAUAAAAAUUCAAAACAAAUAAUUUUAAGCCAAAUUAAGUCGCCAUGUAUACCAGACUCUUGCGUCACCUUGGAGCCAGGUGCUUGGCCACAGAGGCUGCCGCCUCCCGUCCAAACAUACGACCAAUCAACAAAAUUUUAAUAUCGAAUCGCGGAGAGAUUGCCUGUAGGGUUAUUCGUACAGCCAGAAAGCUUGGAGUUCGCACUGUUGCCGUCUUCUCAGAUCCGGAUGAAAAAAGUCUGCACACGCAAAUGGCAGAUGAGGCUUAUCGGGUUGGCGAAGCUGCUUCCUCGGCUUCGUAUCUGCGCGGUGAGCACAUCCUAGAGAUAGCCAAACGAUCAGGUGCCCAGGCAAUACAUCCUGGCUAUGGAUUUCUUUCUGAGUCUGUCGAAUUCGCUGAACUCUGCCAAAAAGAAGGUGUCAUAUUCAUGGGACCUCCUAGUUCUGCCAUUCGGGACAUGGGCAUCAAAAGCACUAGUAAGGCUAUCAUGGCAGCAGCUGGUGUGCCCAUUAUAAAUGGCUACCACGGCAAGGAUCAGUCAGAUGAAUGCCUUCAGGCGGAAGCCAAGAUCAUUGGCUUUCCUCUUAUGAUUAAGGCAGUGCGUGGAGGCGGCGGCAAAGGUAUGCGAAUAGCCGAAAAACCCGAGGACUUCCUUUCUGCUCUUAAUUCGGCUCGCACUGAAUCGCAGAAAUCAUUUGGUGAUAGUUCCGUGCUACUGGAACGCUAUGUCCGAUCACCCAGGCAUGUGGAAGUCCAGGUGUUCGCUGAUCAAUAUGGAGAAGCUGUCUAUUUAUGGGAGCGCGAUUGCUCAGUACAACGGCGGCACCAAAAAAUCAUAGAAGAGGCUCCAGCUCCUGGUCUGUCAGAGGAACUGCGUCGAGAGUUGGGUGAGGCUGCUGUACGAGCAGCCAAAGCUGUUGGCUACGUCGGCGCCGGCACAGUUGAGUUUAUUCUGGACAAAGAAGAUCUAUCUUUUCACUUCAUGGAGAUGAAUACUCGCUUACAAGUGGAGCAUCCUAUAUCCGAAAUGAUUACUGGUACAGACCUGGUAGAGUGGCAGAUUCGUAUCGCCGCAGGAGAGCCCUUGCCGUUGACACAAUCACAGAUCACUCGGCGUGGACAUGCCUUUGAAGCCCGUAUCUAUGCUGAAAAUCCUCGAGGAGGUUUUCUACCCGGCGCAGGACCAUUGCGCUAUUUGGCCACACCAAAAGCAACACCAGAUGUUCGCGUUGAGACUGGCGUUCGCGAAGGAGAUGAAGUAUCAGUGCACUACGAUCCCAUGAUUGCAAAGCUGGUAGUUUGGGGAGAGAAUCGAAUGCAGGCUCUUAAUUCGCUGGUUGCUCGAUUGGGCGAAUAUCAUAUAUCUGGUCUGGAUACCAACAUUAAUUUCCUCAUCGACCUGGCCUCGCAUCCUGAGUUCCAAAAAGCCAACGUACACACUGGAUUCAUUGAAGAGCAUUUCGACACACUCUUUCCACCAGUCAUUGUAACCGAUCACCAAGUCAGCCAGGCGGCUCUGGCGUUAAUCUUCAAUGAACUACAAGCGGCAACUAGCAAUGCCAGCUCCAAAAACGAUUCAUUUGUUGCCACGCCCAAUCUUCGUCUCAAUUAUGCGUUAAUACGGAACUAUAAUUUAAAAGCCCAGGACAAAGUUUAUGCCGUUGCUGUGAAGUACGAUGGAGAAGAUGGCAAUGUUCAAAUACGUGUUGACAAUGGUAACUGGCAAAUUGUUAAGGCCCAAAGAGUCGAAGAUGAAGGACGACUAAAGCUACGUGCCAACAUUGAUAGUAACAUAUCGACAUAUAAUGCCAAUAUUGAUGGAUCCAGUGUUACCCUUUUCCUGGAUAGCGGUAAACUGGACUUGGAGCUGUUGCAGCCAAAAUUCUUGAGCGCCCAAGUUGAUCAAUCUUCGGGUGCAUCUAGAGUAGUGGCACCCAUGCCUGGAGUUCUGGAAAAGAUCCUAGUCAAGCCAGGCGAUAUAGUCAAGAAGGGUGAUAGCUUGGCCGUUCUUAUAGCUAUGAAAAUGGAGCAUAUACUGAAAGCCCCAAAAGAUGCCACCAUCAAGUCCAUUGGCGGUGCUGAGGGCGACAACAUAGCCAAAGGUUCUGCUGUUGUUACUUUUGUCGAUGUGGAGGCUGAGGCUAACUAACAGGCUUCUUCCGCCCGUUUGAUGGUAUCCAGAAUUUUAUUCUAUUCUUAAAAGAAUAACCAUGUGCAUUUAUUAGUUUUAAGAUUAUUUGCUGUCCAUCUAAUGGAUAGCACCAGAGCAUUUAAAAUGUUUGCUUCCAAGCUAAAUAUAAAGAAAACUGCAAUUGUUUCCCAUUUAUGUGAUACAUUUAAAACUUCUAAAAAUCGAUUAUGCAUUUGGAAACAAGUAAAAAAAAAAAACAAAAAAAUAAAGUUUCAGGUAAAGAUGGUGAGAUUCAAAUUUUACUUUAAAUAUUGGUUUAAAAAAAUGGUUUUAUUGUUUUUCCUUUCAUUUUUUAAAUGGUUGUAUAAGAUUUUCGAGUUUUUGUUUUUAUUAUUUCAAUGAUCAUUUAUAUUAACCAUAAUAAAACAAAUUGGAUUUAUAA